CGAUCGCGCGAUGAUCGUCACGUGGAGGUUCCUGUCCAUCCUGAGUCUGGUGAGUUACACGGAGUCCGAGUGCUUCUCGACGUCCUACUACAGGAACUGCUGGAUCCGGCGCUUCCCGGGACUGCACGUGGACGCGGAGGAGUCUCAGCGCAGAGGCGCGCAGCUGCUGCAGCGUUACCGCGGAGACAGCGCGCAGAACUGCAGCCGAGCCUGCUGCCUCACCUCCAACUUCUCCUGUAACGUGGCUGUGUUUCAUUACAACACCACUCAGGACAGUGUCAAUUGCUUUCACCUCCACUGCCCAACACUGCAAAGCUGUAUACUCCAUCAAAAGGCCAAUGUCAUCCUCUACAAUGUUACCAAAGGUAUGGAUCCCGACCUGUUGAUAUUUGGGAAGUCCAUCCCCACUAAUGUCCAGGUCCUACCUCACUUGGCAUCACUUAACGCCUCUGAUUUGUCUGGAACAGACAAACGUCAGUUCAACCGUCCUCACAUGGAGCCUGGCAACUCAGGCAAUCCUACCGCUCAUGCAAAAAGCCUUAAAACAUCUACUACUCCACCAACAUCAAUCUUUCCCAUUUCUACUCUUCUCACUCCCUCUGAUUAUUCCACACAAGAUAACCAAGACACACUUCCUUCUUUCACAACACAGAGAUCCAUAACUCCGAAGCAGUCAUCUCAACCCAUUUCUACUCCUGACCCCGCCAUAGUUUCUACUACAAAGGCAUCCUCAGCUUCAAGGGGUACCAUGCAACCCCCAUUCGGCUUAACUAACAAGCAAACAAGCUCGAUGUCCCAAACUAAAAUUCCUUCCAGUACUAAGAUAACACCUUCACAAAUAUUCAGCCAGCUCACACCAAGUUCAACAAUCUCGUCCCAAGUAGAUCGCCUUGGAAUUACAACAGCCUAUACUAUUAGCCAAACCACACCCUCAGAGUUGCAAACCUCACCAUUAUUAGCUGGGAGUACAACUUUCAGUACUGGUUAUACCACAACUAUAAGGUCUUCCUCAGGUACUCCACAAAGUAGUACAGAAGAGACUUCCAUGCCUGUCCCCCUAACAAGUACUCUGGAAAGUAGUACAGAAGAGACUACCACGCCUGUUCCCCUAACAAGUACUCUGGAAAGUAGUACAGAAGAGACUUCCACGCCUGUUCCCCUAACAAGUACUCUGGAAAGUAGUACAGAAGAGACUUCCACGCCUGUUCCCCUAACAAGUACUCUGAAAAGUAGUACAGAAGGGACUUCCACGCCUGUUCCCCUAACAAGUACUCUGGAAAGUAGUACAGAAGAGACUUCAACCUUGCUUGUACAACUUACAACUAUUUCUCCAACUAGUACUGGAGAAACUACAACCUUGUCAUCACCUAUCUCAAAUGCUUUGCAAAGUAAGAAGCGAAAGCCUCCAACCACACUUGUCCCUCUCUCAAGUACCGUGUCUGUCCCUGCCUCGGGUAUUUCUCAAAGUAAUACAGAACGAACUGCAACCAUGGCUGUCCCUCUGUCAAGUGCUCUCCAAGGUGGUACAGAAGACACAUGGUCCACGCCUGCCCCUCCUCUGUCAAGCACUCUGCAAAGUAAAGGAGGAAAGACAACAAACACAUCAUUCCCUCUUUCAAGUAUUCUUCAAAGUAAUAAAGGAGAGACUACAACCCAUACUACAUUAGCUAUGGACCAGCCAAGCUCUACUAAUGCAUCCUUAGUCUCAAAUCCACUUACAUCAGUCAAAACCACAACAGGAUAUGCAGGUACAACCACAGGACCACAAGUGAUAACUGAUAGUUCCAACUCUCGGUCCCAUAAUCAACCGAUAAAUACCCAAACAUUAUCACCUCUGAUAGAAAAAAUUAUUACUCCACCCUCAACAACAGGAGGCCAGUCUCAAGGGUAUACCAACAUUAACUUGUUAACCACUGAUAUUUCUGUGACCACUAUCAGACCAACAACGUUAAAUAAACUUCGCUCAUCUGUAACAGCUUCAGAAACCAACUCGGACCAAAACACCUCCUCAACACCACCCACCGUCAUAGACGACAGCCAGCCAUAUCCAAAUGACACAAAAGGUUACAUUAGCCGUAAUGCUACGACAGGUAACAGUCCACAGUCUGUAAGUGAUGGAGGUUUGCCGCAAGUGUGGCAUUUGGCAGCCAACACCGUCCUGGUAGCCUUGGCAACCUGUGCAGCCUUAGCUUGUGGUUGCUGUUGUUCGGUGUUGAUGGCAGCAAGUUGGAAAGGAAGAAGGAGGAGGAAGGGGAGAUACCAGACUACGCUAAGAGGCAAGAAGGGCUCCAUGCGCCUCAUCAAAUACGUCUUUGUAAGAGAGAGCUCCUGAAUCAGGUUCUUCUGACAUAUCGUCAGAGUUUUCAACAAAUGCCACUUUUGUUCAGCCCUGCCACAUGAUCACAACUACUUUUAACAAAAGACAUUUUGCAAAAAAUACAGAACCCUCAUUACAUUCAGUUGUAUAAAGGAACUAUCCGUGAAGUGCAUUCAUGAAUAUGUGUAUAUUUCUGUUCUGUCACAAAUAAAAUCAAUAUGGCUGCU